CAAAGACCAAAGGUUUUCAUUCACACCUACAGUCUCUAAAACUCUCUCUGUCUUCUCUAAAACCAUACAUAAGAACAACACGCCACAGUCACAAAUGUUUCAUUGAUAUUAACACUAAGAAGAUUAUGGAGAGGAAAGAUUUUGCAACAUUUUAUGAUCAUCAACAACAACAACAACCAGGCAUGUUUGAUAUGUCUACUAGUGAUUUAGGGUUUAUGGAUUUGUUAGGUAGCAACCAAGAUUUUAGUCCUUAUUUAUAUGAGAUGAUCCCACAGCAACAACAACAACUAUCUUCACUGCAAUAUCCAUCACCACCACCACCACCACCACCACCAUUUUCUGAAACUACAUCUGAUUUGACUAACUUGCCGGCUACGCCCAACUCCGACUCGAUCUCUUCGGCAACAUCUAAUGAAGCAGCUACUGAUAAUACUGAACAUGUCAACAACAAUAAAAUCUCUUCAAAGCAGGAUAAAGAACAAGAUGAUCAGAAGUCAAAACAACAAUCCAAAUCCAAAAAGAAACCACUGAAAAAGCAAAGAGAGCAGAGGUAUGCUUUCAAGACACAAAGUGAAGUUGAUCAUCUGGAAGAUGGCUACAGAUGGAGAAAAUAUGGACAAAAAGCUGUUAAGAAUAGUCCUUUCCCAAGGAGCUACUAUCGUUGCACCAGUGCCACAUGUGGUGUAAAGAAGCGAGUAGAACGAUGCUCGGAUGAUCCAUCGAUGGUUGUAACGACUUACGAAGGCCAGCAUACGCACCACAGUCCUGUUAUGACUCGCGGAAGUUCCAUUGGAAUGUCUCAGAGUUCUAUGAGUCAUUUCAAUAACUACGGCUCAAUGAUGCAGAACCAUUAUCAACAGCAACAACUUCACCUUCAACAACAGCAGCAACCCUAUAUGUACAAUUUACAGACACCUGGGAAUUAUAGUACUACUACCACAACAUCCCUUCCACCUUCAACUGCUCAUCAUAGUUUACUUCAUGAUCAGAGUCGGCACUAUAGCACUUCGUCAGCUUCAGCUUCAUAUCUUAGAGAUCAUGGACUCCUCCAAGAUAUCGUUCAAUCCGAUAGGCGCAAAGAUGAGUAGAACCAAUUUACAUGUUCUCAUCUCUGGAUAUUAUCUCUGUGCAAAUUCGAUAAUAUAUAGUACUUGAACACUGACGAGAGUUUCCGGAGAUCACUUGGAAAAAAAACCUUAGAGAUUAACCAUACAUUCACUACCAUUAUAUAUAACAGCCUUUAGUACUAUCAGUGUUCUUGGUUUUGAAUCUUUAUGUAGCCGUAGCUAGGUAGUUAAUAUAUCACUUUGUAUUAAACAUAAUGGAAGGACUUGCUAGUUCAUGCUAGUUUCAGCUUAUCGUUAUUGUCAAUAUUAAUGUAAAUCAAUUUUAUCAGUUUAGGGUAAUGUUUGUUUGUUCUA